UUUUGACCUUUUUUGUAGCGGUUCAGUUCCCGUUCUGGCAUUGCCACUUUUCCCUCCUUCAACACAUUGUAAAGGUCGACCGGCACGAUGAAGACGACAUGGAAGGAUAUCGCGCCAGUGCCCACCUCGCAGGAGUUCAUCGACAUUGUCUUAAGCCGGACGCAGAGAAGGCUGCCAACUCAGAUCCGAGCGGGAUUCAAGAUCAGCAGAAUUAGAGGUUUCUACACGAGAAAAGUCAAGUUCACGUCGGAGACAUUCUGCGAAAAGCUCCAAGCCAUCCUCGAAGGCUUUCCUCGCAUCCAAGAUAUUCAUCCUUUCCACAAAGAUUUGAUCAACACCCUCUACGAUGCGGACCACUUCAAAAUUGCACUGGGCACAUUAUCAAGAGCUAAGGGACUGAUUGAGACAGUGUCGAGGGAUUAUGUUCGACUACUCAAAUAUGCACAGUCAUUGUUCCAGUGCAAGUCCCUCAAGCGGGCUGCGCUUGGUCGUAUGGCCACAAUUUGUAAGAGACUGAAAGAUCCACUGGUAUAUCUUGAGCAAGUCCGACAACAUCUUGGUCGUCUACCUAGCAUCGACCCAAACACUCGAACACUUCUCAUCUGCGGAUACCCGAACGUCGGAAAAUCCAGCUUUCUCAAGUCUAUUACUCGGGCCGACGUCGAUGUGCAGCCCUAUGCCUUCACCACCAAAUCCCUUUUCGUCGGUCACUUCGACUACAAAUACCUCCGAUUUCAGGCCAUUGAUACACCCGGUAUCCUCGAUCAUCCUUUGGAAGAGAUGAACACCAUUGAGAUGCAGUCUAUCACAGCAAUUGCGCAUUUACGAUCAGCCAUUCUCUAUUUUAUGGAUUUGUCAGAACAGUGUGGUUACUCGGUAUCUGCGCAAAUGGCACUUUUCAACUCGAUAAAGCCACUGUUUGCGAACAAGUUGACAUUUAUCGUUGUAAACAAAACAGAUGUGACCAAGCCAGAAGACCUAGACCCCAAAACUCAACAACAGCUCAAUGACCUGCUCACACAAAACACUAACACCGAACUACUACAACUAUCUUGUGUCACCAGCGAAGGCGUCCAGGAGGUCAAGAACACCGUCUGUGAUCGACUAAUCGCAGACAGAGUGGCCGCGAAAUUGAAGGCUGGCCAGGCUUCACAAUCAGCGACUGCCGAUGCACCGACCGGACGCCUUGGCGACCUGCUCGCUCGGAUCCAUGUUGCUAGACCGAUGGAAGGCUCAGUCAGUGACACAUAUAUUCCAGAUGCAGUCAAGGACGGCUCGUACAAGAAAUUCGACAAGUCGGAUCCGGAAAGAAGAAAAUUGGAGCGCGAAAUUGAGGAGGAAGAGGGUGGCGCUGGUGUUUACAAUUUUGACAUGAAGAAGAACUAUCUAUUGGCGGACGACGAGUGGAAGCACGACAAAGUGCCGGAGUUCUUCAAUGGCAGAAACAUCGCCGAUUACGUCGAUCCUGAUAUUGAGGAGAAGCUGGCUGCACUUGAAGCAGAAGAGGACCGUCUUCAAGAGGAAGGUUUCUACGACGAAAGCGAAAGCAUGUCAGAUGAGGACGAUGCGGAUAUUCGCAUGAAGGCCAAUCUGAUCCGCAACAAGACGACACUGAUGAAGAAUGAUGCGAGGAUGAAGAAGAGUCUUAAAAACAAAGCACAGAUCCCUCGGGCGAAGAAGUCACGGACUUUGGGCCAGAUGGACAAGCACUUUACUUCGAUUGGUCUAGACUCAUCUGCUACCACCGACCGAGCUAGGGCUCAGAUUCGGAAUGCUCGUCCCGCCUCCACUGUUGGUGAUGAGAUGGAAGUCGACACGCCCUCAGCAAGGGCUCGAUCUGUAUCACGGGCACCCAGGACGAACAGGCUGACCGAUGGGUUGGGCAAGACUUCAACCGGAGUGACGGAUCCUGUUAGUCGUGACAAGGCGUCGCGCAUUGCGAAACUCGGCCAACGGCAAAUGAACCGCAUGGCCAGACAGGGUGAGGCUGAUCGACAUACCACGGCGUCGUUGCCGGUUCAUCUGCUCAAGGGUAAGAGGACGAACGGUACACACAGAUCGAGGUGAUAUGCCUGUCUUGGUUAUGAUUGAUGAGCUUCUUCUCGUUGCGAUGAUGGCGUCUUAUUAUGCUAGAGGCUGAUGAAGGAUCUGCAUGGACCGGGGUUUGCAUUGCAUGGCAUCGCAUUGGCACACAGUGAAAAAUUGAAAGACGAUUCCAUGAGCUGCAAAGUCGCAAGCUGUCCCUCUUGCCUCCACAUUGUAUUGAAUCAUUAUUUUGCAUCGCAUCGCAUCCGUCAAAAGAUAUCCAAGCGACGUAGUGUCCGGUCUGCUUGUGCUGUCCCAAAAGACAAGGUACUUUUCCAAACAAGAAAGGCCUUUCGUGGGAUUUGCUACUUUGACUCGGGACAAUGAUGCUUUCGAUGCC